AAGUGUCUGGAAUUUCCAUUGAAACGGAUAACAAGAAUGUAAAAGCAGAGGAGUUUAAGGAGGCUAUUCUUAGUUGCAAGCACAAAUUUUCAAAAGGAAUGAGCUUAAGAAUAGAAUGGAAGAAAAUCCAGUCUCAAGGAGUCUCAUUUGUCUACUACAAUGGUGAAUUUACAGGUGACCUUCGAGGCCGAGCAGAGAUGCUGAAUACAGGAAUCCGUAUUAGAAAUGUCACUAGAAAGGAUUCUGGGACCUACCGCUGUGAAAUCAGUGCAAGGAGUGAAGAGGGGCAACGCCUGGGAGAGGCUACUAUUACUCUCACAGUACUGGUUGCUCCAACUGCUCCGGUAUGUGAGGUACCCAGCUCCGCAAUGACGGGAACAGUAGUGGAACUGAGCUGUAAGGAGACUGAGGGAUCUCCUCCAUCUGAGUACCAGUGGUACAGGAAUGGUGUUGCCUUACUGGAAAAGACAGGAGCAAGCAGUGCUAGAGCAGCAAACAUAACUUACACCAUGAAUAAAAAGUCUGGCACUCUGCUGUUUAACACAGUUACAAAGAAUGACACUGGAGAGUACUUGUGCGAAGCCUCCAAUGGGGUUGGAUUACCUCGGAAGUGCUCAGCGAAGCGAAUGCAAGUUGAUGACCUUAAUGUAAGUGGUAUCAUUGCUGCAGUAGUAUUUGUGGCUCUGGUAAUGGCGUUGUGUGGCCUUGGAGUAUUUUAUGCCCAAAAAAAGGGCUACUUUACAAAGGAAAGCUCUUCCCAGAAGACGACCAACUAUCAAUCUACAAGUGAAAAGGAUUUCAAGCAUACCAAGUCCUUUGUUAUUUAGAAGAUUUCAGCCUCUGUGAGGGACAUCAAAUGACUACUUGUUAUACAAAAGUAUCAAAGGGAUCUUUUGACCUCUACUCUGUAAAUAUUGUUUCAUGUACUACACACUGAAAAUAGAAACUGCUAAUGUUUAGAUCUAGUCAAUCUACCUGUGAUUGCUUUUUAAAAAAACAAAACCCAAAAAACCUCAAAGCUAGAACUAAAGUGAAUAUACAAGUCAGUUUGGGUGA